AUGUCACAAAAUUCUUCAAACAUACUAAACAAGCCAACCAAUCUGACACUUAACGACGAUAUGUAUAAACCAGAUUUCGGCGGAGUUCCAAGUCAAGCAUUGGAUGCAAUUAGAAUGCGAUUGGCCCAACUUACACAUUCCCUCCGUAAGAUUAGGGAUGAUCUUUCAAAGGCAGAACUUCCACAAUGGUACUCGUUGCAAUCACAACUGAACGUUACGUUGACUCAAAUGAUGUCUGUGACAUCUACGUUAGAACAUUUCCAUGAUACGUUAGAUGCUACUGUAGUAUAUCCAUUGCCUAAAUUUCCUACUACAUCACACGAGACUCUUUUAACCACACUUUUAAGAAAGAAGUACACACCUGAAGUGGAUGAAUGGAUUAGUGAAUCGCGAGAAUCGUCUGGAUUAGAUCACACUCAACUGUCGGCCAAAAAUGUAAAACAAGUGCUGCAAAAGGAUAAAGAAUGUACAAAAUGGGCUCUUGAUCUUUUUUCAAGUGAAUUUGAGAAAUAUAACUUUAAGGGCUUAAAAACUAAAAAAGAGGAGUUGGAGGGUGACCUGAUGGAAACCGAUUACAUACCCACAUCUCAAAAUGUUAAACCUUCUGAAGCAUUUGUAAUAGAAGAUGUACUUAACUUCGUAUUCCGUGGAGAAGAAAAGGAUGAGAAACUUGAAGUUGAGAAAGAUAACUCUAUAACAAACUAA